ACGUCGUCGUGCCCUGACGCAGGGGGGGGGUUUCUAUCAUGGCGUCGAUGCAGAAAAGGCUACAAAAGGAACUAUUAGCCCUGCAAAAUGAUCCACCACCCGGAAUGACACUCAAUGAAAAAAGUGUACAGAACACCAUCACGCAGUGGAUUGUAGAUAUGGAAGGAGCCCCUGGUACACUCUAUGAAGGAGAAAAAUUUCAGCUGCUUUUCAAAUUCAGUAGUCGAUAUCCUUUUGAUUCACCUCAGGUCAUGUUCACGGGAGAGAAUAUACCUGUCCAUCCUCAUGUGUAUAGCAACGGUCACAUCUGUCUGUCUAUUCUAACAGAAGAUUGGUCACCAGCCCUCUCAGUGCAAUCAGUUUGUCUUAGCAUUAUUAGCAUGUUGUCCAGCUGCAAAGAAAAGAGACGACCGCCUGAUAAUUCCUUUUACGUAAGAACAUGUAACAAAAAUCCAAAGAAGACAAAAUGGUGGUAUCACGAUGAUACCUGCUAAUGUACAAACUUUGUAAUAAUCUUAGAAGAAAGAAGUCCUACUGACCUACAUAAAGCACUUUUUAAUCAUUCAGUCUUUGAACUCUGACCUUUGACUGGAAAAAUGGACGCCAUGCGCCGGAGACUCUUGACUGCAUUUCCCAGUGGGCAGUUGGAUGCAUGUUUUAGCUGGCUGUAAUAUAGAAAAAGAAAUUUAAAGGAACGUUUAUACGCGCCCAUGGUGGAUCUUUUGGGAAAGAGGUAGUGAAGCAGCAAGCAAGCAAGGCGAAGUCGUAGUGAGAUUAAAAAAAAAAAAAAAAGAAAAGGAAAAAAAAUCAUGUUUUGAAAUUAUUCUCGUUACUUUUUUGUUUUGUAUGGGUGCAUUUUAAAGUCCUUGUCUUGUGCAAUAAUAACGACGAUGGAUGCUUGGGCCUUCAAAGAGAAAUCCAAAUCUGUUCAUUUUCUGGAAGUUGUCAGAACAUCGUAACCCCAAGAAAUCGCUUCAUCCGUCUUUCCCCUCCCUUCUUUAAUUGUAUGCACUGUGAAAGUAUCUAGCUGAAAAGGCACAACUAGUACAUUCCCCCCCCCCCCCCCAAUUUAAAAUUGUACUGUAAGCUGCUCUCCAAAUCUUGAUUCGGGUUGAAAGGUUUUUACUUUUUGACCGUGUCACUGAGGAAAACCAUGCUUUUUCUCAUCCUCCAACUUAGAAGAGCUAGAACGCAGCUUGUUUUGGUGUGCGGCAGAACGUCAGUGCAGGCAGAACAACUGACACAAGGGUGUAGGCCUCUAAACCAGCCGCCGGCCUCGGCAGGCGUGUGGUCAGACAGCGCCGCUGAGCUCACCCUGUUCACUGGUCCGGCCAAGAGGACGUGCCGGUGGCCUCGCUUCCAUAUAACGGGACGUCCGUAAGAGAACAUUCUAGUACGCAUUUUUAUUUACAUACUUUCUUCCCUUUUUAUUUUUUAAAUAAAUGCUUUAAUUGUCUAAGACGUCACUCAUUUUAAAUGUUAUCCCGAAUUCUUUUGUACUUUUUUUUUUUUUUCUUCCAAGUAGCUCUUUGCUUCGAAAGUUGGGAGGGUUCGGUGUGUCAGUCGGGUCAGUAUGUUAUGGAUUGUUUCCUAUUUAUGUUAUUUAAUUAAAAGAAAAAAAAUCUUUAUUUUGAUCUCCAGAGUGGUAGAGAGAACGACAAAAACACAGCGGUCUGUGCAACAAUCUCAAAAGGCAAGGCUUUUGUGGUCCCCCCCCCCCCCCCCCCCGGUCAGAGUUUUGGCUCAGGUACUUUUUCAAUGAAGAGAUCACCUCUAAAAAGAUUCCUAUCAGAUAUUUUGAAGUUAACUAUAUUUUCACCAAAAGAGACUGUUAUGUUGUAAAAUGAAACAUGUCUGAAAAUAUUGUAUAUAAUUCUUUAAACUGUUGGAUGGUGUGACGGAAAUUGGCAAGUGGUGCGUUUGCUGUCCAGUAGAAUGACUAUUUGGAGUGCUUUAGUACUUUUUGGAAGUUUGUCUGCAUCUUUUGCUAAUGAGGACGUGUUGGCUCGACAACACAGCCGUUGGUCAAUAGGUUUAGUAGUUGUACAGCGGGGAUGCAUGCGAUUCGAGCCCUGCUUUUCUUAUCGGCACCAGACAUCGCAACGACCAUGGGGUCUCUCCAUCAUUUGUGUUACGGUUCAUGUGGGACUGCUUCUGCGGCCCCCCCCGCCGCCUGCGGAGGCUGUGCGGCUCUGUCAUUUCAGACUACGAUCACUCCAUUCCUAAAGAAAUGUUUCUUACGCCAUCCAUUGGGGAAUACUUGAAUUUUCCAUCUAAGGCAGUUUGUAUUGUAUUUAAUUAUAUUUCCCGGGGUCUAGUUGAGUUCUUGAGUGAAUCUUGAGUGAAUGUGACGAUAUACUUGUAGAGGAGAUUACCAGGGCACACGGCUAUCUAAAAACUAUAUUAAUAACAAAAAGGCAUCUGUUUAGCCAAUGAUUUUUUUUUUAAUAGAUGUUAUUAGCAUCACUAGUGGUCUCUAUACUUUUGCUGUGCAGUGAAAUAUGGCAGCAGGAGUGAAACGGUUGUGCAAAUGCAGUCACAAUGGCAUUAGUUGUCGGGACAAAAAGCCUUUAUCCAACGGACAGAUCAGAGGAGAAAAAAAAAACAUCGACAAGGGUUGGAUGCGUCUCGUUCUUUUUCUUUUCUUCCUGAUUUAGUCUCUCUAUUUUUUUUUUCUCUCUCUCCAAUGUGGUUUGAAAUCCUAGCUUGCAGGUUGUUGUGAGUGAUAUACACUAAUGGGGGCUUUGUUAUUAUUUAUAUUUUGAGAAUUUGUUUCUGGGAUGUGCAAGCUCCAUGUAAUAGGUGCCUGUUCAUUUUCAUAAUCAAUAAUAAAAAGAAAGAUUCACUUUUAA